AAUGAGCUGAGCAAAAGCCUCAUGACAGAUCAGAGCAGAUCAUUCAGCUGACAGGCUCCUGUGAAUCCUGCAUGCACACAUUCAAUUAAAUCAGCUAUUAAGAGAAAAGGAAACAAUAUGGGAGCAUCCUCCUCUGGAUUGUUGGAUGAGGCCAAAGUCAACCACAUCAAAGGUCUUGUUGAUGGAGCAUUUCAAAGCUUCAGUGGGUUUUACCGUCAGCAGUAUUCUGUGGCGUACCUGGGACACCUGCACCAGGAGCUGGAGCCUAAGAAGGAGGGGCGGAGCCUGUUGCUCACACAAAGGCCCCAGUAUGCUCCAGAGGAGGUGCUAUACCAAGGGGGUGUUAAGUUUUCCUGCUGGGAUGAGCAUGGAAAGAAAUGUAGAGAAAGAUACGCCGUCCUGAGAAGAGACUAUAAAAUGGAAAUACAUGACAGCAUGGAGACUCUAAAACGUGGAUGUGCAGCUAAAGUGGUCCUCCAGCCCGCUGGGGGCAUCGUGUUCACAACAGAAGACGAGUCUCGAGCUCAACUGGAGAAAUCCUGCGCUGGGAUACUGAACGGAGUGAAGGAGGAUUCUUCUUCAGCGGCGUUGCCUCCAGAUGUGUUUGCUGUAUAUCUACACCUGCCUUACAGAGGGCCCACUUGCUUCCUGUUUCAACAAGAAAAUGAGCGAGAUCACUUCCUGUCUGCCCUCAAGACCUGCAUUAGACAUUGCAACCUUGACCCCUGGCAUGCCUCAUCGUAUGAGAACCAGGCGUUUGCCCGAGGCCUCGGCCUCUACCGGCAGAACAGAGGAUGCUAUGAAUCCUGGGAGAAACUGCUGGGCACUGAGGAACAAGUGUUGGCCUCCCAGGUGAUGGAGGAAGCGUUGCCAUGGUUACAGAGUCAGCUUCAGGCCAAGGUGAAAGGCAAGAAAACUGAGAGGUUACGACAGUGGCUGGCUACAGUGCAGGCAACCUACACGCUGGUGCUGGAACAACUGACCGCAGGUCUGGAGGCUCUAAAGAUGGAGUGUCGUCAGACAGCGACCGCCAGUCAAGCACUUAUCAGGUCCAACCUGGCCGAGAUCAUGUCCUCUCACAGCUUCCUGGAGCAGAAGGUUCAAGCGUACAUAUUGGAAGAAGCAGAGAAAGUUUGCAGUGAGUCUGCAUCACCCUACAUGGCCUCGAUCCUGGAAGCGCUGACAGAGAACAUCGGUGCAGGGUUUCUGAGCAUGCAGCACACACUACACGCACAGAUGGACGCUGCCUUUUCCCUCACAAACGGAGAAACCAAUGAGAUGAAGAAGGUGGUCUUGUCCAGUUUGUACUCUCUCCGUCUGGAUCAGAGCUACGAGAAGGUGGACGGCCUGAUAGAGAAGUUUGAAGACUUGAAACAGCGGUUUGGACUGACAAGCACUCAGAGACUGGUCCACUCUACACAUCUGGAGAUGGAGCAGCUCCUGGACAGGGCCGUCUACACUUUGGAGAAGUUUUUGCAGUCAUCAACAAGACUGCAACCCUCUCAGGUUCCUGUCAAGAUGGAGAGAGCUAAAGAAAGAGUACUCAAGCAGCUGGACUACGACAGCAGAGUGGUCCAGAGGAGGCUCUACCAGGAGGCUCUGCUGGAGAUCUCUCUGCCUUCUCUCGUUCGGAGGCUGGACAGCAAGUGGAAAACUGGGCUACAACAGUUUGAGCAGUACAUCUUCUCUGACUACAGCGCUUUCAUUCUGGUUCAAAAUGUCUUCGAUGACAUUCUGAGAAGUCUCCUCAGGAGAGAAAUAGAGACAGUGGUCCAGGAUGCUGUCAGCAGGAAGAGCAACCAUCUCCUGCUGGACACUUCAGAUCUGGCCAUCAGUCAGUACAGUCUGCUGGGACAGACGCCUCCUUGCUCGGCACCAGACAGCCCGGCAAAUCGUACUCGACUUUCCUCUUCAGCUCCUAAAGGCGAUCGAGAAACUGCUCCUGCAGUAGAAGAUAAUCAGACAGCUGAUGUUUUUCCUCAGAAUGAUGCAGAACUCAAGGAUGACACCAAGUCAGACUCCAGUGCCGGUCAGCCGUCUGGCCAGAGCACAACUCCAGUGAUCGUUGUCACACAACAGCAAGAUGAUUGUGGAAGUAAUGAGGCUCAACAUCUCAAGGAAACCAGUGAAGAAGCCAAGAUCAACAGUGAUGCAACAUCAGCAGAAACCGACUCAGGUGCAGCUGAAUCUUCCAUCUCUGAUGUUUCCGUUACACACGAUGCACCUGACCCUCAGGCUGACCAGGGAUCCACCAACUCAGACUAUUUUGACCCAUCUGCUUUAGACUUCUCUCAGUCGUCAGAUGCUCAAAGUGAAUACUCUCAAAGUGAAUCCUCUCAAAGUGAUCUUUCUACAACUCCUGAAACAAAUCCCUCUGCUCCUGAGCCCUCGACCUUUGAUCAAAUGCCAGAGGAGGCCUCCUCCAUGCAGCCUUCUUCACCACCACACUCACCUGGGGCAGAUGAAAGUGCAAUGAAAAUCAGUCUCGGGUCACUGAGUGAAGCGGUUACUCCGUCCUCCAUGGAUCCCGAGAAGCAGAAGUCGGGCCGGCAGAUCACUGACAGAGCUGUCUACUUGACGGGACGGAUCAAGGACAACUGGGAAGUGGAGAGGAUGGAGGGGAAGGUAAAUGAAGCAGUAGAGAAAGAGGAAAAGGAGACAACAAUGGAGGGUCAGAAGGAAGAGAGAGAAGAACAAGUGGAGGGUGAGGACCAAACAGGAGACAAGCCGAUCAAUGAAGGAUGCACAGCCUCUGCAUCACCAGCAGAGCACACCGUAGUCACAAGCACAGAGCAGACCGGCAGUGAAGGAAGGAUGGAUGAGAAAGGGGAUGAACUCAACUCCGAAGCACCAAAAGACAACGAGGGACAAGCAGCAGAGGAAGGGAGUUGUGCAGAAGAAGAAAACAGGGAGAAGGAGGUUCCUCCAAGUCUUCAGGAAGAGAACUCACAACCGGACGGUCCUGCCGAGCUACUGGGGAGUGUGGCGACCAUCAGAGAGCUUGUGACCGAGAUCACUGAAGUGGAGACAGUAUUGACCUCCUGCCCCACCAGCAGCAGCUCACCCUGACACAGCUAUCGCCACGGCAACUGUGGACCCUGACCUCACCAGCCAAAUCUACAUCAGUCCUUUAUUUUAUUGUUUUAUAUGGUACAAAGAAAAGACAAAAUGAAAUAAGGGCUGAAUUCUGAAAAUAAGUUGAUAUAUUUUUUCAUUUUAUUAACAUUUUCUAAAAGUCAGAUCUCUUUUUUUAUAACUUGUAUAAUUUACAUAUGCAAAUUUUUUAACACUGGAAAAUGUUUAAUGCUCAAAU